AACCUACUGGCUCAUUAUCUGAAACUAACGAUAACUCUAGCCCAGUCAAUGGUGAUGCUUUUGUAAGUGAUGCUGAUUUGAUGCCACCUCCACCUUUACCGUCCAAACCAUUAGACGAAAAUACAUUAGUUUGUGAUGCCACCAGUAGUACGAACAAAUCAGCUGAAACCUCUGAACAAGAUACAAUUAAACUGCCUCAGUCACAAAGUGUGGAACAAAAAAGACUGGAUACUCCUCUUGCAGCCAUGUUGCCAUCUAAAUACAAAAACAUGGAUGUCAAAAGGUUGUUUCCAGAAUUUAGACAUGGCCAGGUUUUGCGAUUUUCACGCCUUUUUGGCCCAGGAAAACCAACCAGCCUGCCACAAAUAUGGCGAGGUGUGAAGAAUAAAAAGAAAAAACCCACAGAGGAUGCUAAUGAAGUAAAACCUUCUAAACCAAUCGUGGAAGAGGUCAAACCUCCUUCACCACCUAAACCAGAGGAGUGUGAAUCUGAUGAAGAGAUUAAAUUUCUGAAGCCAGAAGAGAGUAAUAAAAGUGGGUCAUCAAGUGAAUCCAACAAAUCGAAUGAGCUCUCACCAGGUUUUGCUGCAUGGAGAUAUGGCCCUGCUCAGUUAUGGUAUGACAUGCUCAAAAAUGUCCCAGAAAGUGGAGAGGGCUUCGAUUAUGGAUUCAAACUGAAAGAAGAAGCCCAAGAAGGAGAUGAAUGUCACCAACCUCAAGCUUCUGCAGAUGAACUAGAUGAUGAUUAUCCUCCAGAUGCAUACUUUAUGGUCAGUCAAUGUGCUUGGGAAGAGGAAGUCAUAUGGAAUGGAGAAGAUGUCAAACAUAAGGUUCUUUCCAAGCUGAAUGACAAAAAUAAUGCUGCUGGUUGGGUUCCCUCCAGUCUUAAUCGAACAGCUUCUGCCUUCAGUCAACAAACAAAAACAAUUGCUGCCACACCUGGAACUAAAUCAUCAGGUCAGCAAGGAACCAAAUCUGCCAAAGGUUCUGCAUCAAAUAAAUCUGAAGUACCUGAGGAAAAGGAUGACACCUGGUAUUCAAUAUUUCCAGUUGAAAAUGAGGAUCUUGUGUAUGCUCAGUGGGAAAAUGAUGUUAUUUGGGACAGUGAGGCAAUGGAGAAAAUACCGGAACCUAAAAUUCUCACUCUUGAUCCAAAUGACGAAAAUAUAAUUUUGGCAAUUCCAGAUGACCCAGAUCCAAAUUCCUUAGCAUCAAAUGAGCCUGUCAAGGAAAAAAAGGACAUGGCAAGAAAAUCUAGGAUUCUAUUAGGAAAGGCUGGAGUUAUAUCAGAGCCGGAGCCCCCCAGUCCGCCCCCUCCACAAAAUACAAAAACAGAUCCUUUUAAUAUUUCAAAUGAUGAGUAUUAUAAUCCAAAAAUGACACAAGAUUCCGCCUUGAAACCAAAUGUUGGAGGAAACCUUAUCCAACACUCUAUCCCAGCCAUAGAGCUGACCCAACCCUUUUUCCCGACCCAUAUGGGUCCUCUUAAGCUGAGACAGUUUCAUAGACCUCCACUCAAGAGAUAUUCACAUGGUAGUCUUGCACAACCUGGUUUUCAUGGAGUUAUUCCUUUAUUGAAACACAUCAAGAAAAAAGCAAAGAUGCGAGAGCAAGAGAGAGAAGCGUCUGGUGGAGGGGAAAUGUUUUUUAUGAGGACAGCAGAGGAUUUGACAGGGAGAGACGGAGAACUGAUUUUGGCAGAGUAUUCUGAAGAACACCCUCCUUUGCUUUCACAAGUUGGAAUGGCUACAAAAAUAAGAAACUACUACAAGCGUAAACCUGGAAAAGACAGUGGCGCUCCUGAAUAUAAAUUUGGAGAAACCGCUUAUGCCCAUACUUCACCCUUUUUGGGUGCUUUAGCACCUGGUCAAAGUCUACAAUCCUUUGAAAACAAUUUAUUCCGUUCUCCUAUCUAUGAACAUGAAUUUCCUGAUACAGAUUUUGUUAUAAUACGUUCAAGACAGCAUUAUUUUGUUAGAGAAGUUGAGUCUAUUUUUACUGUUGGCCAAGAAUUACCACUGUUUGAAGUACCAGGACCUAGCUCAAAGAAGGCUAACAAUUUUAUCCGCGACUUUUUACAGGUUUUUAUUUAUCGUCUAUUUUGGAAUAGCAAAGAUAAUCCCCGUCGUAUCAAAAUGGAAGACAUUAAAAAAGCAUUUCCUUCUCACUCAGAAAGCAGCAUAAGAAAGCGGUUGAAACUCUGUGCCAAUUUCAAACGAACAGGUACUGAUUCUAAUUGGUGGGUUUUGAAAAGUGAAUUUCGUCUUCCAACUGAGGAUGAAAUAAGAGCAAUGGUUUCACCUGAACAGUGUUGUGCAUAUUAUGGAAUGCUUGCUGCUGAACAGAGGUUGAAAGAUGCUGGCUAUGGAGAAAAAUCCCUAUUUGCCCCUGAAGAUGAUAAUGAUGAAGAUAUGCAAAUGAAAAUGGAUGAUGAGGUAAAAGCAGCCCCCUGGAACACUACUAGAGCAUUUAUAUCUGCAAUGAAAGGAAAGUGCCUUUUACAGUUGAGUGGCGUUGUUGACCCUACUGGCUGUGGAGAAGGAUUUUCAUAUGUUAGAAUACCUAACAAGCCACAACAAUCAAAGGAAGAAAUGCAAAAUCAAACUCCUGCAAAGAAAACUGUGACUGGAACUGAUGCUGAUUUAAGACGUUUAUCCUUGAGCAAUGCCAAGCAGCUUCUUAGGAAAUUUAAUGUCCCUGAAGAUGAGAUAAAAAAACUAUCUCGAUGGGAAGUAAUUGAUGUUGUCCGCACAUUAUCUACUGAACAAGCAAAAGCUGGAGAAGAAGCUAUGAGUAAAUUUGCUCGUGGAAAUCGCUUCAGUAUUGCUGAACAUCAAGAGCGUUAUAAAGAAGAUUGUCAACGCAUUUUUGAUUUACAAAAUAGAGUUCUUUCCUCUAAAGAAUUGUUAUCUACUGAUGAAGACUCGAGCUCAGAGGAGGACUCUGAUAUUGAAGAAAUGGGUAAAAAUAUUGAAAAUAUGCUCUCUAAUAAGAAGACGAGUUCUCAAUUGUCUCAUGAGCGUGAAGAAGCAGAAAGGCGAGAAUUGCAAAAACUAAUUUUAGGAGAAGACAGUGUUAAUGAUGAGAGAAGGAAAAAUAAAGACAAGCAAAAGUUUGAAAGGGAGGAUGACAGUGCUUCAUUAGGUAGUACAGGAUCCAAUUGUCAUGGCAGAAUACUGAAAAUCUACAGAACUUUCAAAAAUCCUGACGGUAAAGAGUUUGUCCGCAUUGAAACUGUGCGUAGGCCUGCUGUGAUUGAUACAUAUGUUCGCAUCAGAACAACAAAAGAUCCUGCCUUCAUAAAACAGUUCGCAUCAACACUAGAUGAGCACCAAAAAGAAGAAAUCAGAAAAGAAAGACGAAGAAUUCAAGAACAACUUCGGAGACUUAAAAGAAAUGCUGAGAAGGAGAAAAAUAUGCCCCCAAAAAAGAAACCAAAAAAAGAAAUUAAAGUAACUCCAAUGUUAAAACUAAAAUGUGGGGCUUGUGGUGCCAUAGGCCACAUGCGAACAAACAAAACAUGCCCCUUGUACCAACCUGCAGCUCCCAUACCUCCCGUUCAAGUAGCCAUGACAGAAGAACAAGAGGAGAGUCUGGAACGUGCCGGGUUGGAUGACGACCAUUUGGUGAAAGUUGACGAGACUAAGGUCGUUCUGUCGAAGCAGCUCAUCAAGCACGCUGAUGAGCUUCGUCGCAAGUCUCUGGUCUUGAAAUUCCCCAAAGAGGCCGUCGCCAUCAAGAAGAGGAAACGCGCAGGCACCGUCAUGCACUGUGACUACUUGAAGAAACCCCAUAAGCUCGUGAAUCGCCAAAGAACAGACCCUGUUGUGGCCUUGUCUAUCAUACUGGAGAGCAUGCUGAAUGAAAUGAGAGAUUUACCCGAAACUCUCCCGUUUUGGUUUCCUGUCAGUCCAAAAAAUGUUCCAGAUUACUAUCGCAUUGUUCAGAGACCAAUGGAUCUACAGUCUAUGAGAGAAAAACUUCAUCAGAGGAAAUACAAGAGCAGGGAAGAGUUUUUACAGGAUGUCAAUCAAAUUGUCGAAAACAGCAGCAUAUACAAUGGAGCAAAAAGUCCUCUGACUCAAACUGCUCAAAAAAUGUUGGAGCAAUGCCUGAGGAGGUUUGCAGAUAAAGAGGAGAAGCUGAUGAGGCUAGAGAAAGCGAUCAACCCUCUCCUAGACGACAAUGACCAGGUUGCUUUCUCUUUUAUUCUGGAGACCAUUGUUUCGGAAGAUCUGAAGAAAAUUCCUGAGUCUUGGCCAUUUCAUAAACCGGUCAGCAAGAAAUUUGCUAAAGAGUAUUACACAGUCAUCAAAAACCCCAUUGAUCUGGACACAAUUAUUAAAAAUAUAAAAACUCACAAAUACAGUAACAGGCAAGAUUUCCAGGCAGAUGUUGAACUCCUUCUCACUAACAGUCAAACUUUCAAUGGUGCUGAGAGCCAAUUUACAAAGAAGGCAAAAGAAAUUGUUGAAUGCUGCCAGAUUGCUUUAAGAAAGUAUGAUGAGCAACUCUCUCUGUUGGAGACAGCCAUCAAGACUUCACAGGAGGCUGCACUGGAUGCCAUUGAAACAGAUUCUGCUUUAACUGGACAUUCAUUCCAGCCUGAUGACAGCAUGUAUAUGUUGAGUGACCAUGGUGACCGCAGCAAACUCAAUGAGUCCAAGGAUGACGAUUUAGAAGAAUUCAUCGAUGUUCCGGAAGAGGAGGAAUACGAGGAUUAUGACGAGGAAGAAUCCGUUCUCCUUGAACACAAUAUCCUUGUCAAGAGUGAAGGUGACUUGAGUGAUAAAAUGCAAUAUGAUAGUGACAAUGAAUUGCACCAAAUGUCAAGCAUGGCACCGGAACGCACCGAAAUGGUGCAAUUUGACUUGGCCAUGUGCGGAGAUACCGAAAACUCCGAGAUUAUAGACGAGAACUACGAUCCAUCAGAAUUUUUACUGCAGGGGAGAUACGGAUUUCCACCGGUCAAGCAAGAAGCGGAAGAGGUUGAUAAUAUUGAUAAUGAUCUGGCCGUGAGCGAUUCAGAUGAAGAAGUGAACAGACCAGCGGGCCCUGGUGAUCAGGAAAGUGAAUUGUGGUUUUAAAAUUAUGUGCAAUUUUAGAAGGAAAAAAAAUUUUAAAUCUUUUUUGUGUUUUUAAGGAAAAUUUUAUGCUGCAAAGGGUAAUGUUAUCUUUUAUUUAUUAGUUAGUGAAAUUAAAUACUGUUUAUUUAUUUAUAAACAUAAAAACUUGUGUAAUUGGCAAUAUAAACUGCCGAAACCCCACUAUGUGUGACAUAGACUUUGUUUUUUCUAUGUGUUAUUAGAUGCAAGAAGAAUAUUUGGUUACAAACGUUUUGUUACAUCUACCCAAGAAGCUUUAUUAAUUAAUAUAAAUAAUAUAUAUUGAUAAUAUAACAAAUAGAGAACUACAAAAAGCUGCUGAGUGUAUGAAACAUAAAAUGAUAUUAAAAAUCUAAUAUUAAAACAUACAUAUAUACUAUAUAUGUUUGUUAACUGUAAAGAUGGCAUCAGCCUACUAGAAAUUAUCUAUAUUUCUUUCUGAUUACGUAUAAAUACUAUCAAAUAAGAAAAAUGCAUAUAAAAUAAAUCGAGCAAAGUAAUUUGGUGAAAGUUAACAAUUUUUAUGAAAAUAAAAUUUUUAAAAAAAGAUAUUAUUAAAACAAAACUGUUUUUGUUGUUUCUAUUUUAUAUAUUUUUUACUGUGGUUAUAUUAUUAUUAUUUUUUUUUUUGUUAGAACUGUUAAUGUUUAUCUGUAAUUGAGUUAUUGAUGCAUAAUCAGAAAAUACUAUUUGAAUAUUAUGAUGUAGUUGUGAAAACAUGACAUUUUUUUAAGGGUUUUAAUUUUAUUUUUUUGCAUAAAAUUUAUAAUAUGUAUGCCAGUAUUUUAAUGA